AUGGACUUGGCCUGGGGCCUUCCACAAGGGGAAGAGGAGGAGAAGCCCAUCAAAGAGACAGGAGUGCCAUUCCGGGAACCGGCUCCUGAGCGGCAUCCGCAGGCAAUCCCGGGCGCGUCCCUGCAGCGGGCCUGCCGCCUGCUAGUGGCCUCUUGCGCCCUCAACCUCGGCGCACGCUCGUCUUAUUACCUAAGCGGCCGCGACCUGAGCCGCCUGCCCUACCUGGUCGGCGGCCCCCGCCGCUGCAAGCCGGCUCGAACGGCGCCGCCGCCAUCGGGCAGCCCUCCGGGGAGCCGCGGCCGCGAGGGGCAGCGCCGCCGCCUCCGCCCGGCGACGCCACUGCCCAGUCGCGCCCGGGGUAGCGAUGCCAGCCCCGACGCGGCUUCUCUCCCCGGCCUCGCCAGCAACCGGACUUCGGCCCCGGCGUCCCCCAUCACAGCACGGUCGCUGCCCGCCUGCCCCGAGGAGUCCCCGCUGCUCGUCGGCCCCAUGCUGAUCGAGUUCAACAUACCCGUGGACCUGACGCUUCUGGCGAAACAGAACCCCGAGGUGAAGGUGGGUGGUCGCUACGCCCCCAAGGACUGCAUCUCUCCUCACAAGGUGGCCAUCAUUAUUCCAUUCCGCAACCGGCAGGAACACCUCAAGUACUGGCUGUAUUACUUGCACCCAAUCCUGCAGCGUCAGCAGUUGGACUACGGCAUCUAUGUUAUCAAUCAGGCUGGAGAGUCCACAUUCAAUCGCGCUAAGCUCCUCAACAUUGGCUUUCAAGAGGCCUUGAAGGACUAUGACUACAACUGCUUCGUGUUCAGCGACGUGGACCUCAUCCCAAUGGAUGACCGGAACACCUACAGGUGUUUUUCCCAACCACGGCACAUUUCUGUGGCAAUGGAUAAGUUUGGAUUUAGCUUACCUUAUGUUCAGUUUUUUGGAGGUGUGUCUGCUCUAAGUAAACAACAGUUUCUCACCAUCAAUGGAUUUCCUAAUAAUUAUUGGGGCUGGGGAGGUGAAGAUGACGACAUUUUUAACAGAUUAGUUUUUAAAGGUAUGUCUAUAUCUCGCCCAAACGCUGUGGUUGGGAAGUGCCGGAUGAUUCGCCACUCAAGAGACAAGAAAAAUGAACCCAAUCCCCAGAGGUUUGACCGAAUUGCACACACGAAGGAGACAAUGCUGUCUGAUGGUUUGAACACACUGACGUACAAGGUGUUGGACAUAGAGAGAAACCCAUUAUAUACCAAAAUCACAGUGGACGUCGGGACACCGAGCUAGCAUCUUGCGACCCUGAUAAAGACCUAAAAACGGCCAGGGACCCCUGCUGUGUCUCUGCCAACGUGCUGGGCUGGCCCUCAUUCUUA